GUUUAUCUUGUGACUGGAACGAUCCCCUCUUCCUUCCUCGCGCUUGGAACCCGUUUAGCUGCGAUGCGUUUCUUGGUCGCCGCGUUCCUGCUCCUGGCGCUCGAUGUCUCCGCCCUGGCGGAGCCGGUGCAUUUCAAGGACUGCGGUUCUGGGGUUGGCGUUAUAAAGGAACUGAAUGUGAACCCAUGCCCCACCCAGCCCUGCAAACUGCACAAAGGCCAGUCUUACAGUGUCAACGUCACCUUCACCAGUAAUAUUCUGUCUCAAAGUAGCAAAGCUGUGGUGCAUGGCAUCGUGUUGGGCGUCCCAGUUCCCUUUCCCAUUCCUGAGGCUGAUGGUUGUAAGAGUGGAAUCAACUGCCCCAUCCAAAAAGACAAGACCUACAGCUACCUGAAUAAACUGCCCGUGAAGAAUGAGUACCCGUCCAUCAAACUGGUGGUGCAAUGGGAGCUCCUGGGUGACAAAGGCCAGCAUCUCUUCUGCUGGGAAAUCCCAGUGCAGAUCGAAGGCUAGACCUGCUGCUGCCAGUAUGUCCGUUGGGGGCUGAGAGAGCACAGGAGAAAUCCAGUCUAACCUAGAUCAGUGCCAUAAGAUGAAAGGAAUUUCCACACCACUGUGUUAUGCCUCUCAGCCUCCAAAGGGUUCCAGACCCCCUUUCCUGAGAGCUCUGAACUAUUGCCCUUGUAGUAUCUUUUGUGAAGGGGUAGGGGAGAAAUGAGGGAAGGAGAGGGAUAAGCAUGGCUUGAAUGGUCUUCAGUGUUUUUUGCUGUUGGGAGAAGGAGGGUCCAGCAGUCAGGACCCGAGUGAGGCUGUGUAGGGCUGUUGGAUAACUUGCCCUCGGGUUAUGGGCCCUGGCAGCAGAGGGUGGGUUCCAGACCCCUCCCACCUCCUGGGAUAUCACAUCUUCAGGUUCCUCGACUCCAAGUGCCUCCUUGAGUUCAGCGCAU